GUGGAGUGUAUUAAAUGAGGUGGGUGAGGUGUAAUAAAUAAAGUAAGUGGGGGUAGUUGUGGUAUUUUAAUUGUUAAAAAAUGAAAUGAGAAGAUCUAUUGUGGACAAAGAAAAAGGGCUAUUGGGAAGAUCUAUGGGGGACGGAGGGAGUACAUGUUAAUAAUAAGUUUCUUACUUCUGAGUUCUGAGUUAGUCAGUCUGAUAUGAUGAUUAACAAAUUGAUUUUGUCCCGAAUUUUGACAACUCAAAAACAUAGCCAUCUCUACUCCCUGCUAGAAUCCCGAAUCUGCUUCUCAAUGGUGCCUCUGGAAUUGCGUUUACAUACCACAAAAACAACAACAUUACCCCAAUGGUCAAAUUCUCCCGCUCAUGGCUAGGUGAGGGGCGGGGGGUUGGAUGUACGCAGCGUGACCCCUUAUCUUAGGAACAUACAAAGGCAAUGCUGCCACCAGACAUAGAUCAAAAUACAGUUGAUUUUGUCCCGAAUUUUGACAACUCACAAACAGAGCCAUAUUUACU